AUGCACGAGGAAAGCCGCCAGAAGGUUGCCAGCUACUGCGCUCUAAACAACAAUGUCUUUAGCAGCAAGGCAGCCAGUGUCUUCACGCAUGAGACCCUCGACCUGACCACCCGCCUGCUGAAGGACAACACCGAGCUGCAUACAAUAUGGAACUACCGGCGCGACAUUUUCACACACCUGCCUGAAUGGACGGACCUCGGCACCCGCCAGACGAUGCUGGAAGGCGAGCUUCAGUUCUUGCUGGAGCUCAUCAAGAGCAAUAUCAAGAGCUACUGGAUGUGGAACCAGCGCGUGUGGGCGCUCACAGAGCUGCCCAAGCCCAAUUGGGAGCUUGAGUUGGGGUUGGUCGCCAAGCUGCUUGCGCUGGAUGCACGCAAUUACCAUGGCUGGGAUUACCGCCGGUAUGUGGUCUCGAUGAUGAAAAAGUCUGGAGCGGACCCGAGCACCGUGGACCACAACGAAUUUGUGUUCACGACUGACCAGAUCAACAGGGACUGCGCAAACCGCUCGGCAUGGCAUAACCGCAGCAAGCUGUUGCCGGCAGAGCUUGAGAGAAGCGAAGACAGGGAGGGUGUGCUUGCAACGGAGAUGAGCAUGAUUAUGAAUGCAAUCUACACGGAUCCCGAAGACCAGAACGCGUGGCUGUACCAUGAGUGGCUGCUGGAUAUCCAGGAGAGCGAUGGAGACCGGAAUAGGCUGCUGCGGGACAAGAUCGCGGCAAUUCGGGAGCUUCUAGAGCUGGAGGAGAGCAAGCGGCCGCUGAUCGAGCUGGUCGAUGCGUUUGUUGCGCUGGAUAUGCUGGAUGCGCAGGCAGUUACCGGGGAAGAGAAGCGAGAGUGCAUGGACAUUUUGGAGAGACUGAAGAGCAUGGACAGCUACCACCGGCGGCGGUACCAGGAUCUGGAGACCCAGCUGCGCAGGCAGUGGAACACAAGCAACUGA